AUGCAGCCCCCCGCCCCAUUCAGGUUCCUAACCACGGGUAAAUCCAUCACCAUCCCCUGGGCCGACCACAACGCCUUCUCCGAAAGCCUCAGCUACGCAGCUGCCAGGAUCGACCACCAUACCACAAUUGACGAUGGGUGCAAAAAUUUGAUGAUUCCCCAAUUCAAAAUCGCUUACGACCAGCACGUCCUCGAGGGGAUGCACGCCGGUGAACGCCUUCGCGACCUGAAUCCCGACCUUUUCAUGACGCGCCAACACGCCCUCGACUGGGACACUGGCUUCCCCCAAGACACCAUCUUCUUCUACGUCGACUCCAGGACAACAAAGGUCUACUCGACUAUCUGGGACGGGAUGAAGUGUAUCCAACGGCCUCUGGGGGAUCUGCAGAUGAUUGAGGCGGGGGAUAUGGUGAUGAACCGGGUGCACGAGGACAGGAUGAUAAUCGGCAAAGUCAUCACCCCCGUCAAGUCCGACUUAUGCCUCAGCUUCUACCUCGAACUCCCCUCCGGCACUACAUUCCUCGUCCUCAUCACCUACCCCACCCCAAUCCCCCACUUUUCCCUCCCCCCCACCACCACGCUCGCCCAGCUCUACCCCCCCGGCUCCAUCCUCGCUAUAAAGUCUCCCCUUAUCGGCUUCAACGCCAAUGGGGGGUACGUUAUCAAGGUCAACAUGCCGCACGAGAUCGAGGAGCUGCAUCCGAGUGAUCCGGUGCUCCGGGGAAUCAAGUGGGAGGCUGGGUUGGAAGAAGAAGCGCCGAUGGGGUGGAUGGGGUACAGAAAGCUGGGGAAGGAAGCGAUGGGGAAAAAGAACCCUCUUGUCGCUCUCCGAUUCUACUCCCUCGCCCUAUCCGACCCCGCCGUCAAGGCCACCCCCAUCAAAACCUUCACCCUCCUCCUCGAUCGCGCCGAAGCAUACUCGACCCUCCAUCUCCACGGUUCCGCCUACCGCAACGCCCACCGCGCCCGAGAGUCGGUUGAGAAGAACGACAACAUCCCCCUCACCCCAGGCCAGACCGACCGCCUCUGCUUCCGUCUCGCCAGAGCUGCACUUGGGCUGCGUCUCUACACCACCGCGCUCCAAGCUCUCCAGCACGCCUCACCCCGAUCAUAUCUCUCGCCCGAGCUCAAGAAGGUCAGGCAAAAGGUAGAGAUGAGGAUGGAAGAGAAAGAGUCAGGUGUAUACGACUGGCUCACCAUCUUUCGCGAAUCCCUAGAAACAGCCUCCCCCGCCGAGCUCGACAUCCCCGACUACACCUCCCCCGCUUGCCACGUGGCCCAUAUCCCCGGGAGCGGCCGAGGCGUCCUCGCUACCCGCGAUAUCACCCCCGGCGAACUCCUCAUGGUCAGCAAAGCCAUCGCCCCUUCUCGAUUCCAGCUCGACGCUCCGAAGGUGUACAUCAACUGCUACGACGCCGAGUCAAGGAGCCAUGUACCCCAUAUGACCUACAUGUGGGUCUAUCGUCUCUUGCACAAGAUAUACGACGACCCGUCUGUCGUCCCCGUGCUCGAUGGCUUUUCCUCUUCCGGCAAGGUUCCGCCGACAGAACAACUUCCCCAGUUGGAAGACGAAGACGCCCGGCUGAAACUCCUGUUCGCUCCCGUGCCCUCCGAGUUGAGCCUCGACGCUUUUAGGCAGGUGUCCAAGACAAACGCCUACGGCGGUUGGUCGAUCCCUGCCAAGGGCACCGGGUUCGACAAGGGUCUGAACGACGAAGCGGCGCGGAAGUGUAACAAGGAGGUGGGGGUGCUCUUGCACGGUAUGCCUGCGCUGAUCAACCACUCUUGUUGGCCCAAUAUGACAGAGUGUUGGUAUGGCGAUAUGAUGGUCCUACGAGCUAGCAAACACAUGUCCGCUGGCGACCAGCUCUUCAUGUCGUACAACCGGAACGAGCCCUCGUAUACCGGACGACGGGCUACGCUGCUCAACUGGGACUUUGAGUGCAGCUGUUUCUGUCAAAACUGGAGAACUCCUUGUCAGUGCUUGUACAGCAGCUUGAGACAAUAUUCAUGA